AUGGCGACCUGCAGCCGUGACCUGGAGGGGAGCGGUGCGCGGGGAGGGCCGCAGUCGCCCGCCGCGCCUCCGAUAGAGCGCACGUGCCAGUACUAUUGCAAUUACAUACGCCCCCGUGCACUCUACCCGCUGUACGCGAUACCGUUUCGUAACUUGUGCGUUUGCGUUCGUUGCGUUUAUCUUUCUCUCCUCCCGUUGCCGCCACGGAGGAGUCCGCCCGUGCACCGCCGCACCUGUUGCGCUCGCGUUGUGAAACCGCGUGGAAAACUCUUUCUCGGUAUCAGCGGACGCGCCAACUUUCACCGCUCACAUUCCGCCAACACGGCGUUGUGCGCU